AAUACUCUCUCUCUUCUUCCAGUCCCAGUAACCAUCAAUAUCCUCACACAAGAUACUUCAAAAUGGAAGACCCAGCCACCGAAAUCUCCACCAUCAUCCACCACCUCACCCAAUCCCCGCCAGAUGACCAACAACGCACGAUCCAGAAAUACUUCACCCCCAGUGCAGCUUUCGUCCACCCGUUCUGCCGCGUCUACCCGUACCCGGGGAGUCGCUGGCUCAUUGAGAGAAUCUACCAAUGGUAUAAAAUCAUGUCGCCGCGGAUAGAUCUGGAGGUGCAUUCCGUGGCAUACGACAAACCCAACCAAAAACUCUACCUCCAAAUCACCCAACUCUUCUCCAUCUGGGCAAUCCCCUUCCACCACGCCAACGUCGCCCUGACCACGGUCCUCGAUCUCACCACAGACAGCGAAGAUAACCGCACCCCUACCACCGGCCAAGGCAAACGAUACUACAUCAAGCGGCAGGAGGACUUUUACCAAACGUCUGAGUUUGUCAAGUUUGUGGCGCCGUGGGGGGGCGGGUUGGUGGUGGUGCUGUGGCAGUUGUUGGCGACGGUGUUUUGUGUACUUGGGGUGGUGGUGUUUUGGCCGGUUUUGUGGUUGGAGGAGAGGAGGGUUGUGGGGAAUGGGAGUGAGAGGGGGAGGGUAAAUGGGGGGAAGAAGGGGGGGUGGAUUGGGUUGUAAACUUUGAUACGCUUGGGUUUGGAUGUAUAAAUGGGGUAGGGGAUGUGUAUAGAAUGGUUUCGAUCGUGGGAGGGUGUCAAACCUGCUGGAGUG